AUGCUCUUCGGUUUUUCUUCAAUUUUUUACAACCAAAUUGGUCAUACAGACACUACUACUCAUUUUCUACUUACACUUGUACUUGUACCAUAUACUUUUACUUUCGUUGUUCAGAUUAGCUUCCAAAGGAUGCCGAAGAACAAGACUACUGAGUCAGGGAGACGACAUGCUUUCAUUUCAUUUCGAGAAAGAGUCGAUUCCAUCAAGAUUGAACCAAACAAACGACUCGAUAAAAGAGUUCACGAUGAAGUAGAAUCAUCUCAUUUGUUGACGACACUUGAACACUGGAAUGAACUUAAUCUAUCGGGUACAUUCACUGAUUUAUCAUCAAGCAUUGAAAAUUAUUGUCAGUCCUUGCCGCAAGUGCUACAUCACAAACAGAGGAUUUAUGAAGAAAUUUAUCAAGCGAUUCACAAGAACGACAUCCACUCACUUCAACCCAGUUUGGAACUAUUGAGUCAAUUUAUACAUGAUUUGGGACCGGAUUUUAUGCCUUUUUACGAAAAAACAUUGGGUUUGUUAGUCGAGGUGGUUUUGAUGCAAAGUCCAAAUGACAUACAAAAUAAUAGGAAUACAUCCAAUGCUUUGAAUUGGAUUUUCACCACAUUGGCAUUUGCAUUCAAGUACUUGGUAAAGAUAUUGACUCAAGAUUUGCAUCCAACAUUCUCUGGACUUUUCCCGCUAUUGACGUUGACAAAUAGGUCCUAUAUAUCGAGGUUUUGCGCAGAAGCGCUUUCAUAUCUUGUUCGAAAACUGAAUGCCGACGUUCUCAGAAGGUUUAUUCACCAUGCCAUUUAUGACAACGUUGAAACAGUGGAGUCCAAUGAGCACUACCUGGAAUCGUUAAAAAUUUUGUUUAGUGAGUCCAUGAAGAGCACGAGAGGGUCAUUCCACACAAAGUCUAAAACAAUUUUGACGAUAUUAAUGGAAUGUAUUAUUUCCGAAAUCAAACAGGAGUAUCAGCCUCAAGUUACAUCAUUGGUAUCGGAUAUAUUGUUGGAUGUUUUGCAUCAUGGAGAGCAAAAUUCGUGUCAGGAGUUUUACAAGUUGGUAUCGGGGGCCGUGAGCGAUGUAGUCCAAUCUAGUUGCAGUGACCUCACGCUAUUAAUGUCAAGCCAGCUUCUUUCAUCAUUAUGUUUUGUUGAUUCUGGAAGAAAAGUCAGUGACUGGAGCUGUGUGUUGGAUGUGGUCGAUGAGAUCCUUGAGGUUGUCAAGAAUAUACAGGAUCCUUCGAUUGAACUCACUGAGUUGCUCGUUUAUAUGAUGAGCAUAAUCUUCAGAAAUGUUAGUAUUCCGUCCCUCAUGUCACGCCACAGACGAUACUUAGAUGCAAUGUACAACUUGAAUCAAGGAUUGAGUUUCCUUCCUUUCGCAUACGCUGGACUAACUGUUGCUGGUGAGAAAUUGAAAAACUUUGGAAUAACCAAGUACAUUCAGACGUAUAUCAACAAUGCAAAUACAGUCGAAAAGAUGCAACGUGUAGUUUUGUUUUUGGAGAAACAAGGCAAGCGAUUCAAUUUUACUAUACCAGAUCAACUAUUGGAUGCACAAACACAACAUAUUGCGGCAGAUUUAGAGCUGGACGGUUUUGAAGACAUUUAUUGGAGAUUACUACUUGUGAAGCACUCCACUGGAAAAAGUUUUGACGUAUCAAUCCUAGUACAGUUGGCAAAAACAGCCCCAGACUCGAUUAUUGGCAGAGAGGUAGUUACUUUGGCUAUUGAGUUGUUAGCACCAAAAUUGGAAAAGUCAUCACCUAUAGCUCAAGACUUGACUUUGUUCAUUUUGGAGAGAUUUGAUAAAUUUAGUCGAUCGUUGAACUUUUUGCCGGCAAUGACCCAAUUUAUAAAGAUUGUUGAUGAUCCACAAAUUUUUUUGGAUCCCGCAUUAGUGUGUUUACUUUUACCAAGUCACGACACCAGAUCCCAUGCUAUCGAUCUCAUCGAGUCGAUUCUCGCGAUACAACAAAUACCCACCUCGCCCGUGUUUCAACAAAUCAAAUUGAUUGAGCAAAUACCGUUAACAAUUGAUACUGGACGUGAUAUCAUGCUUAGGGUUCGUAAUUUAGGAACAGAACUUCUGAAGCAGGUGAAACCAACCCAAUUUGACAAAAUUACGACAGUUAAUUUCUUAUUUGGGUUACUAUCGAACAAAUUUCAACCGAGUUGGAAAGCUGUUUUUGAAGCAAUUCCAUUAAUUGCGAGUACCUGCAAGAGCGAGAUUUGGAAAUGCUCAUUUGAGUUUUUAUUAAUGGAUUAUCAGUCGAGAGAUGAUUUGGAAGAAAUGUUGCCAGGGGUGGAUUCAAAUUUGAUACUGUGGCAACCAAAGAACUAUAGACUACACCAAAAUUUUGAACAAUUUGAAAACAACUAUUUGGUGUACUUUAGAAGCAUUGAAAAUUCAAUCAAUGGGUUGGCAAAGAGUAGCUUUCAACAGAAUGAAUUUGAGGGACUCGUUCGUACCAAUACACUACAAGCUCUUCAGAAUGCCCCUUCUGUUGUUGACGUUUCAAAACUUGUUGAUUUUUUACUUGAUGCAAACCAGCACAUGAUUUACCAAAAAUGGUCCAAGAAUGACAAGAACGAAUAUUUGACACUAUUGUCAAAGGUGAAGAAUUUGAGAAAGAUUAGUGGCAGUGAGAAUUUAUUCAAUUACAUGUUGGACUUGUUGACAAGCACGUACACCAAAGUGCAACAACUAGCACUUGAUGUCAUCUUUGCAUUCAAUGACCAGAUUAUCAAUAAACACAGAGACGUGUUGAGAAACUUUUUGGAUGAUGUUACAUUCAGUGACGAAUUGUCAAAGUUCACAUCCAUCGAUUGCCCAAUUGAAUAUAAUGACAAGCAACAUAUUAUGCCAUUGGUGAUAAGGAUACUAUUUGGCAAGUUUCAAGGAAAGCUAGCAAGUAAGAGUAAACAGGGUGGUAAGAAUGCGGUGCUUUUGUCGUUACCCAGCUUCUCAGAUGAGGAAAUAGCCUCUUUUAUUGGGAUAGGAGCGAGCAAGUUAAAUUACAAAGAUUAUUUUGGAAAAAGAAUGUCAACAGCAGGCUUGGGAUUCGAUUAUGGUGAGUUGAAAAAAAUCACUGGGUUCAUCAGUUUACUCCAACAAGUUUAUGAGGUCUUUAAGAAAAAUCAUGCUUCGGUUUUGGCCACCACCAUUGAACCUCUCUUAUAUUCACUUUUAUGUGCCCAGAACAGAAUUGAUUGUGAAAGUGAUGAAGAGGAUCCUGUUUCAGAUAAAAUGGCGAGACAUAUCAGACUGAGUGGAAUGAGAAGCUUGAAGGAGCUUUUCCACAUCCUUGGCCCAGAGUUUGAUUGGACACCGUAUGUUGGAGUGGUAACUAACGAAUUGAUUGCACCAAGAUUGCCUAAAUUUGCCAAUGAAAACUUACAGCAGCCCCUGGCCGUACUAUCUUUGAUGUGUUUCUGGAUUCGACUGCCAAACACUUUACCCUUUUUGUUCGCCAGUGAUUUUGAUGCAGUGAAAUCCAUUUUGUCACUUUUGGAAAAACAAGACGCGAAGGAGUCUGUUAUAUCAGUAGUGUUGGACUUUGCCGUUACAGCUUUGGAAAAGAGGAACGAUACAGAGGAGAGCUAUUUCACAUUGUUAGCUAUAGUGGUUGAUUCAUUGCUUCAAACGUUGUCGUCGAUUAUUAAUAGGAUAACUAAUCCUGAAGUGGGGUCGAAGGUGAUCAAAACGCUCCUUCUUAUGAUACAGGGGGACUAUAUCGAUACAAAGGAGACGAAAUCUGCCUUGAUACAGUCAUUAACUUUUGCGCUUGAGCGUAAUAACCAACAAAUUGAUGUCAAUGAUAAAUCAAACAUUCUUGUUGCUCUAUCAUCUUUGUUGGCAAGUUACGAAUGCUCAUUUGAGAAAAUUUUGCCGUUGUAUCAAGCUUGUUCUAAACUUCUUCGGGUGAUAUCCACAAAAGACGUUCGUGAGACAUUGGCAACAUUGUUUGGUGUACUUGGGUCUAAGUUUGAGCGUUUGCAAAUAGUGUCACAAGUUGUAAUUGGAUUGAAUGCCUACAUCUCAAGAAUGGGCGAGUAUGAUUUCGAAAACAGACUUGACGCAUAUCGAUUGGUGAAUGAGGAGUUGUAUCUAUCAUUGGAUCCCAUUCAAUGGUCUCCUCUAUUGAGUAAUGCAUUGUUCAAUAUCAAUGAUCCAACGGAGUUGGCAAUACGUGUAAAUGCUGGGUACCUAUUGAAAAGAUUCGUUGAUUGUUAUACGUCCAAGCCGUCAGCAGGGGAGGCUCAGCCAUACAUUCACUUGUUGAAAGAUAUGAUUCUUCCAUUGGUGCGUAUUGGUAUAAGAAAGGAAAACGAGGAUGUUCAAAAUGAGUACGUGGCUGUUUUGGAGUAUAUUAUCAAACAUGACAAGUAUUUCCCAGACUUGAGGGACUUGCAAGUGUUGAUCGGAACUGAAGAUGACGAGGAGCUGCAAUUUUUCCGCAAUAUAAAUCACAUUCAAUUGCACUUGCGUCAAAGAAGUAUUCGAAGAUUGAGUACGGUUGCCGACUCUAUAAAUGGCAGCAAUGUUUCACAUUAUAUAUUGCCAUUAUUAGAGAGAUAUACCAUUUCAAACGAAGAGAGGUAUAGAAACAUUGGACUUGAAGCUUUGGAAUCAAUCAAGAUUCUUGUUCGCUCGAUUAGUUGGAAUCAAUAUAAGGCCAUUUUCAAACGUUAUUUGGCUGGUCUCAAAAUGGAUUCAGAAGUAUUGAGACAACGAGUAAACUUGGUGGUGGCAAUCUCUGCUGUAUUGAAAGAUCACAAAGAUGACGGCACGUUGUUGAAUGUUGGGUCCCAAGAUGAUAUAGAUGGGUUUUUGCAAACAGAAGUCUUACCUCAAAUCACGAAGAUAUUGCAAGUUAGAGAUGAUGAUACCAUUGUGGCACGUGCUCCAUUGGCUGAAGCUGCAAUUAACUUGAUUUUGUCGCUCUCAGAUGAUAAAGUGGAGGGCGCCUUACCUUCGGUUUUAACAAGUUUGUGCCAAGUGAUGAGAUCCAGGUCGGAAGAAUUGAGAGAUGCAGUGAGGAAAACAUUGGGGAAGAUAACCGUUGCGUUGGGAGCAAAUUAUUUCUCAUUUAUCGUUAGAGAAUUGAAAACGGCAUUAUCAAGGGGUUCACAAAUACACGUUCUCAGUUAUACUGUUCAUUACCUUUUGCAAUGUUUGGCACAUGUGUUGCAACAUGGUGAUUUAAAUGAGUCCAUUUCGUUGACAAUUGAUAUUGCAAUGGAGGACAUCUUUGGAGCAGCAGGUCAAGAAAAGGACGCUGAUGGUUACACGAGCAAGAUGAAGGAAGUGAAGUUUAAAAAGAGUUUUGACACCUGUGAGAUUUUAGCGUCAAAUAUAUCUCUUGACCAUUUUGGUGAGUUGAUUAAUCCAAUCAAACUUUUACUUCAAGAAACAAUCAAUCACAAAGUUCAAGUUCAAUUGGAUGAAGUACUUCGGAAACUUUCACUUGGGUUAAACCACAAUACCGAAGCUUCGAAUCAAGCUAUAUUGCAUUUGUGUUUUGAGAUCUUUUCAAUGUCAAACGAAGCUGACCCGAAUCAAAAAAUAACUAAACUUAGCGAAUCGGAACAGCAUUUCUUGACAACUCUAAGCAGAAAGACAAAGAGUCAUGUUGAUCGUCUGCCAUAUAGGCAGACAAUGCAAAAGCUUUCUCUUGAAUUGUUGAGGACGGCUAUUUCAAGACACGAGAAUUUGCUCCUCACUUCCAAUUUGAAUGGAUUUGUCCCAUUAUUGGCUACAGCAAUCAACUCUGAAGCUGAAGGUGUUGUAUUAGCUUCAUUGAAGGUCUUGAUCAUUGUUGUUCGUUUACCAUUUGAUGAAGAAAGUCAAGGAAUUUUAAAGUCGUGUGUGAGGAAAGCUUUGGUUUUGAUUAAAGAUUCGCCAACAACAAAUCUGGAUGUAUGUCAGGCAGCCCUUAAAUUUUUGGCAACUACUAUCAAGCAUAAUCCAACAGUGGUGAUAAAAGAUUCUGCCAUAAGUUAUGUAUUGACAAGGGUUCAACCAGACUUGGAGGAACCCAACAGACAAGGUUUGGCAUUUCAAUUUUUGAAGGCCGUUGUCUCUCAACAUUUGCUUUUGCCAGAGAUCUACGAUGUAAUGGAUAGUGUUGCCAAAUUAAUGAUUGUUAACCACUCAAAAGAAAUUCGUGACAUGUCAAGGUCAAUCUAUUUUCAAUUUUUGAUGGAGUACGAUCAAGGAAAAGGUAAAUUGGAGAAGCUGUUUAAGUUUUUGGUCAAUAAUUUGACAUAUCCCACUGAAGAAGGUCGCCAAUCGGUAAUGGAGCUUAUCCAUUUGAUUAUAUUAAAAGCUGGACCGGAGUUGUUGGACAAAUUGGCCUCGUCAUUUUUCAUAGCGUUAGCAAAUAUCCUCGUUUCUGAUGAUUCCUCAAGAUCUAGAGAAAUGGCCAAUGUAUUGUUGACAAGCAUGAUGAAGAAACUUAGCGAGGUAGAUUUCAUUGAGAAAUAUUGUACUGCAUGGUUACAGCAAUCAUCAAAUGUGUUGUUGAAAAGAUGUGGAUUUCAAGUUUACAAAAUGUUGACAACUGUGUUUGGUAUGAAGGUGUAUCCGAGUUUGAAUAAAUUGGCAUUGGAAAAUAUAUCAAAAAUUCUUGCCGAUUCAAAGUUCAACGAGGAGGGAAACAGCGUUGAUUGGGAACUUGUGUACUCCAGUUUAUCCGUUUUUGGAGCCAUUGUUUCUUGCUUGAAAGAUCAAAUCUAUGAACAAAAAUACAUUUCACUUUGGGACUCAGUAAUCGAUUGUUUGUUGUAUCCACAUUCAUGGAUUAGAUUAAUCACUUGCCGUUUGGUUUCAGUACUACUUUCAAACCUUGAUAAGAGCAAGUUGGAUAACUCUAAAUUAGAGUUGAUUGCCACAAAGCUCAUUCACCAAUUGCGAACUCCGUCAUUAUCGGAUGAAUUGGGUACAAUGUGUAUCAAGAAUUUAACAUUUAUUGCUGUCAAGUGGGAAGAUACCCGUGCACAGUUGAAAACCGGCGAUGGUGAUGAGAUGCAAUACGCAAAUGAUUUCUUGAUUAAAAGAGUAUGUGGUAUCAUCAAACAGGAGAAUCAAACAAGCCUUGCCAAAAAGAUUUCAAUUAAAUUUUUGAUCUUGUUCAUUCAGUUGACCAAAGAGGACCGUAUGAUUGAAGUUUCAGAGAAAAUUAUUGAUUCAUUAUACAACUUUACAGAUGAAGAAUAUAGUCGAUCAUUGUCCGACGAAGAAUUGAUAAACAUUAGUUUACAAGCAUUGAAUAUGGUUCAGGAAAAGAUUGGAACAACUGAGUAUACUCGAUUGUUUGCCAAAAUUAGGCACCAGGUUGAUACCAGAAGAAAGAGUCGUAAAGCCAAGAGAUCACAAAUGGCAGUUACUGCACCCGAUAUUGCUGCUAAACGUAAAUUCAAAAAGCACGAAAGGGUAAGAGAAAAGAGAAAGCAUGAAAAGGAUGAAAAUGGGUAUUAUAAACCAAAGAAAAAGAGGGUUAGAUAG